UUAAGUGUUAUCACGGUUGGUGACGGUCACGUCCUUUUGUCGAAGAACUACACAGUUUACCUGCUGCUUCACACUGUGCGUGCAUUAUGGUAGUUCAGAAUUUUUCUUCCAUCUCCACCCACACGCCAGCGUUAGCACAGAAGUCUCCCAUAUUUUGAAUAUCAGCUAUUAACCCGUAUUUGGUGUUGAGCCUUUAGAGGUUACUUUUAAUUAUGUGGGAUGGAUACUAAAAGACAACUAGCACAAACGUUGCCAGCUCAAGAGUUCCUUUUGUCACCUUGUACCAGAAGGUGGGUGCCAUUCCCAGAUGGACUUGCUGCGGCUAGCACUGCUUCUGCAUGUGCAGAAAAACCUUCAGAAUUACCAAACCAUGGAAACAAGCUAGAAUUUCCAGACACUGGUUGGGAUCGUAUUAAAGAACUCUUCCACAGACAUGAAAUGAAUGCCUAUUCAGAGGAAAUAACCAACAUUAUAAAAAGUGCACUUAUGGCUGCAGCAGUUGGGAUGAUGUAUGGAGGAAUUCCAGCAGCUAGACAUGCCAGAAAGAGGUAUAUUGAGCAAAGUAAUGCUGAAUUAUAUCGACAUCGUAUUGAGGCUGUGAGGUCAGCCCACAAUGCUGCCAUUCGGGGGUUCUUACGUUAUGGAUGGCGUUGGAGCUGGAGAGUGGCAGCAUUUGUCACUCUUUUUAAUGCUGGGAGUACUGCUUUGUCUGUAUACAGAGAUAAAUAUAUUCUUGGUCACUAUGCUGCAGCUGGUGCCAUUACAGGAGGCUUAUUCAGAAUAAAUCUGGGUUUACGUGGUUUGGUGGCAGGAUCACUAAUUGGUGGUAUUCUAGGUGUACCAGCAGGAUCACUAAUAAUGGCUAUGCAUAUGGCAUCUGGCGAAACACUAGGUGAGAGGAAGCACAGAGAACGAAGGGAGCUGUAUGAAUUAAAGCUUUCUGAGUGGAGUUCCAGACUUAAUGCAACAGAAGACAUUAUUAGUGAAAUUGACAACAAAUUACUAAAUGAUUCAGCAAAAUCAGAUAUGGAAAAAAUUGAAGAAAUUUUAAGUCAGAAAAAUGAUGAACAUCAAAUAAAAUAAUCCAGGCAGCAAAAGCAGAAUAACAAUGAAUUCAAUGGACCCGCAGUUACAUUUUUCAAAUUUUUCGGCCAGAGCAAAAGAUAAGAAUGUCUCUUAUGUGGGAGCAACAACAAAUGACGCCUAUGCCAUAUUACUCAUACUUUUUGUGCUGAUAUGCUACGCUGUUAUUACUUUCUUUUUACUUUUUGACAAUGUCUUUGACAAUGAAAAUAAUGAAGCACUACAAAUAUACAGUGACUGCUUUGAUGAAACAAAAUUCAACAAAAACAUAGAUGGGCAACAGAACUCAAGUGAGCAGCCUGCCUUUCUUGUAAACACACAUGUUGAUGAAUCAAGUAGUGAAUGCCAGUUUACCUCGGGGCAAAACAACAAAGAGAUCCCUCGAGAAAAUGAAUUUAGGAGCCAUCACUGUAUAUGCACAGUAUCAAGUAUUACUUUGGAGAAGAUGGACUCAUAAAAGCAAUUCCCAGCUGCACAUUACAACAACACUUUGACAGCAUAAGGAGCUCCAGGGUGUACCAACAGCAAAACAUUUUCAAAUCAUCAUUUAAGAAGAGGAACACCAGUUACUCUGACCAUUCUUCAAGCUCGGGUUAUCAGUUCUAAAGCAACUCUGCUGAAGAUCAUCAAAAGAUUUGUGCGGUGUGUACUUCAUGUAGAAGAGCAAUAAAAAUUAUAAAUACAUCCGUCUAUCCAUCCAGUUUGUGGGCAUUUAAGUACCUUUAAGUGUGGCAAGAAGGCCAAGAAGUCAGCUUAUCUUUCCAAAAGUAGAUACUGUACAUUCCCAGAGGUUAAUACUGAGUUAUAUGUCAUUGAUAUAUCCUGAAGUAUUUGUCCAGUUCACUUCCAACUGAGUCUUGCUCAUCACAAGUGUAAAGCACUUCAAGUGACCCCUUAACAGCAAGAGACAGUUGUGUCCACUGUAAUGAUGAAAAGAGGUCACAUAUACCUUCCAUCAUUAUAGGGUCAAUUGGGGUGAUAUCUCAGUCCAAACCUCUAGAGAGCCAUUACUUCAGAAGAAUGUUUUGCUGAUAAAAUAAUAAGAGGCCUGUUGAGAAGGUAUGCUAUCAUGAUGAUAUGAUCACAUUUUGCAGUUCUGAAAUUACUUUUUUGUUAUUAUUUUCACAUUGUAUCAUUUUUGUCAUUAUUUUAAAUUUGUCAUUUCAUAGCCAUUUUGCUGUGGGUUCUGUUGUGGGCACCGACAUUUUCU